UAGAACGUCAAAAGUAAAAAAGGGAUAAAACGAAGCGAAUUUGUGCAAUUAAUAUUAAAUAUUUUUACACUUUUAUAGAAUAAACAUUUUAUACGCGCUUACAAACGAAUUGACUGCGUUUAUAGCAACGAUUUGCACAGUGCGUGAUUAACUAAUAUAACAUUACGUAUCUGUAGGAGCAAGUCGCUGAGAAAGCCAACACAAAAAAAGCGGAGCAAAGAAAGAAAGAUCUAAAAAUAUUUUUGUAUCGCUGUGAAAGUCGAAUAUAAUUAAUUCGCGUAAUAAAUUAAGCUUUAAAUCGUAACAACCUUAUUUCAACAAAAUGGUUUUGAAAGUGUACGUCAGCGGCAUGUCCGGCAACAAGGAGGUGAAGAAACGCCAGCAGCGUGUGCUUAUGAUCUUGGACAGCAAGAACAUACAGUAUGAUACUGUUGACAUCACAGAGCCCGGCAAGGAGAGCGAAAAGGAGAUGAUGCAAAACAAAUCCACUAGCAAUGGCGGCACAGUAAGCGAUCCAGAGCCCAGACACCCAUUGCCACCCCAAUUAUUCAAUGAUGAGGAGUACUGUGGUGACUAUGAUGCCUUCGAUAUGGCCAAUGAGAUUGAUACGCUUGAGGUGUUUCUCAAAUUGGCGCCCGCUGAUACUACGGCCGUGAGUAGCGCUCAAAUUGAGUUGAAGCAGGAGAAUGGCAACGCCAAAGAGGACGGCGAAAAGGCUCCAGCGGAGGGUGAAGCAAGCGAGGCUGCUGCUGAGGAAAAGGCAGAGAAUGAGGCUGACGAGAAAACGAGUGAAGAAAAGGGAGAAGUAGAUGAGGCAAGCAAAGAUAAGGACAAAGAUGAUGAGGGUUGUGAACAAAAGACUGAAACUGAAACCAAAGAAGGUAAUGAGGAAAGCGAAUCUAAGGAUGAAAAGAAGGAAGCGUCAGAUGGCGAAACAGAGAAGCCGGAUGAAAAUGAGGAGAAGGCUGACGAAAAUGAAGCGGAUAAAGAAAAGUCUGCUGAUGCUGAGGAUUCUAAAGAAGAGAAGGCAGAUGACGGCACAGCGGAAGUGGUAGAUGAGGAGGCCAAAGAAAAAUCAGCCGACGCUGAAGAAGAAAGCAAAGAAGAAACGAAAACUACUGAGCAGGAAAAGGAAGAAAAGUCAGAAGACUCUGAAGAAAUGCCAGCCGAAGAAAUUGAAAAAGAAACAAAGGAAAAGGUAGAUGCGUCUGAAAAGGAAACUAAAGAAGAGGCUGAUGAAGAAGCUAAAAGCCAAGAAAGCUCGUCUGAAAGUGAAGAAGAAUCUGAUAAAGAAGAAGAACAAAAGGCUGAAGAAGCUGAAAAGCCUGUUGAAACCGAAACUGAAGCGACAGAGGCAAUUGAUGUGAAAAAUGAUAUUGAUGGUGCUGAGGACGCAGAGGAAGAUGCCAAGACCAAAGCUGAAACCAAAGAGGAAUCAACGGAGGAGUCUGAAAAAAAUGAGGAGAAGGAUGAAGCCGAUGAUGCUAAGCAAGAAGAGGAGAGUAAAGAAGUAGAUAAGCCAGAAGAAAAACCUGACGACGCUGAAAAGAAAGCUGAAUCUUCUUCAGAGGAAGAGGAGGAAAGUGAAGAGGAGGAAGAAGAGUAAACACUGCAUAUAAAACGAAUUUUAAACAAACAAACGAACGAACCCAUUGACCCAAGCAAACUCACCACACCACAUUGCACCUGUAGUCUAUCACCUACAACUCCCACACAUAUUCGCACACCCAUUAGCAAAUAAUGAAAACACACAUUGUAAAUAUAAAAAAGUAAACGAAGCUAAUUAAUUAAACAACAGCUGGUGGAGGAAACAAUGAAUAACGCGGACAGCUGGACAAUAAAUAACAUUAAAUACACAAUUUGUAUAAACUUUUUA